UUGGCUUGGUAAAUACAGCUUUCUAUCCGCUAGCGAAUAUUUCUACUCGAAUCUUUGUUGGACUAAAGAUAAAUAUGCCGAAGAAAUUGUAUAGCGAAAUUGUGUCCGGGCGUUGUAGUAAAAACGAGAUUAAGACAGAAAAUUCAAAUAGUAGCCGGCAGCCAAACUGGCUAAGAGCAUUUCAGCACGAGGACGAAGAAGUCGCCCUUCGAAUGGCAUUGUCAUUAAGCAAGGAAAAACAAUUAAACGACCCAGGCGCAGGACCCUCCAAGGAACUGAAGGAAGAAACUCCAGUUACAAUAAUCAUUAGCGAUGAUAGUACUACUGAAGGUGAAGAAAACGAAACGGGGGCCCAAAGCCCAUCUAUCUUAGAUUUUUCGGCCUUCAGGGAUGUUACAAUCUCAAGUGGUCACAAAAGUUGUCAUAACAAGACACAGCGUACUAGAAGAAGAUCUCCAGAGUUCGAAUCUUGGGAUGAGGAAGACUACAAUCCUGGUAUUCCUGUCCUACCAUUAAGCAAAAUAGCUUAUAAAGUUCCUUCCGCUGAGCCAUCUAUACGUGUCAGUGAAAAUUUGGAAGAUGACAACGAUAUCGUAGAAAAGCAGACGUUUGAGUCGAGUGACGAGUCAUCAGUUAAGAAGGACAAUAACCAUGUCGUGAAGGACGGGCAAGAUAAAAACAAAAGGAAAAGAAGAAAAAGAAGCCGGAAGACGGUGUCCACAUCUUCAACUGAAUGCAGUGACCGCACCAGCGACAGCGAUAUUAGUAGCUGCAGUGAAACCUUUCCAAAACAGAGAAAAAUUGCCGUAGAUUUAUGGGAGAACGUUGAAAAGAAGCUCGUGGAGAAACUGCCUGUUGAUAUUAAUGGUCUUUCCGCUUUUAAGAUCAAAGAACUCUCCACAAAAAAGAAAAUGGUAUCGGCUUUAGUCGACGGCAGGAAAUGGAAAAAAAAUUGUCCGACGAACUGGGCUGGCCAUUCCCGUGUGCGGUACGCGGACUGCAAAGGCUCGUUCAAAUGCAUCGAACCAAGAUGUCCUUACAAGGUGCAGUAUGGGAUCGUGAAUACGAAGCAGUUCGAUAACUCGAGAGACGGUAAUGCCAAAUGCCGAGUUUGUGGAAAAAAGGCAGAACAUGUUCCAUGUAAGGCUCGAAGAUAUAUAAGUUAUGGACAAACAAGUGUCACUGUAUUUCAUUAUGGUCAGCACACUUGUCCUGUUAUACCACCACGGACUCAAGAAAGACCAGAUAUUUCCCAAAUGUUAAAGGAUAACCCGAAGAUAACACCGGCAGAGUUGCAGUCUGCAUGUAUAUUGGCUGCAGUACGACAAGAGUGCGAUUGGAAAGAGGUUGAAAAACAAGCACAAGCAACAUUGGAUAAAAACUGGAUUUCAAAUGAGAAAAAAAGGAUGAAGAAAGAAACUGAGCCUUUAGGACACAAUUUCGAGGCUGUGGUAACAUUCAAGGAGUACUGCGACAAAAAAGAUGAAUUUUAUAUAUACAAGGUAAAUGACAAACGCGGUAAUCCGGAUAAACCUUCGUUUGUUUUUAAGACAAGCAAAGAAAAACUCAAAAUGGCAUUGGCUAUGGAUCAAGAGGGUGAACACUUUUUAAGUGAGGAAUUUUGCUUCUUCGAUGGGAAGCACAAACGUUGUCGUGGGUUCAUAACAUUAACAGCCAGCGUUUACCACCCUCUACUGCGCAAACAAGUGAGCCUUGCUACAAUGGAAGCCGAAAAUGAGGACACAGAAAACAUAACUUUGUUCUGGAACCUCUUCAACGAAGCGUUAAAGAAGGUUUCGGAAAGUGACGAUACACAGUUUAAUCCCGCGGGGUGGUGCACCGAUAUGGCAGGCGCGAAUCUAGCUGGGCUUACAGCAGUAUAUGGUAGGGACGUGCUGAGACGGAUAAAGUCGUGCGAAUUCCAUUUUAAAGACCAUAGGAAUAAAAAGGCUCAAAAGUUAAGUCCAGAUAGCGCGGAAGAGUUUAAAGAAUUGUGUGACGAAAUUAUGCAAUCCGUCACAGAGGCCCGUUACAACAGUGUCAAGGUAAGAUUUGAUUCAUUUAUUUCAAGCAAGGAGGAACAUAAGUUUUUAAAAACUUGGUUAGCAUGGUGGCACGAUAGGAGGGGGUUUAUUUUCCGUGCUUUUGCCCCUCAAAAUGCACCUCGAAUGAACCAAGCUGAGGUGAUUCACGCUGGCUGGUCCCACAAAGACUCGCCGAACAUGUCGCUACUUGAGGUCUGUCAAGCAGACAUUAGAGACUCUUUAACUCUCGAUGUUCAGCUGAAAGAAUUUGAAGCGGGAACAUCGACAGGAGGAAGUGGACCAUCUUAUUCCCAAAGGAAACAACGGGAGUACGUACGCGAAAUCAAUCAAGCCAAACGGUUUGGAGAAGAAAUACUGCUUAAUGAGCAGAAUUCAAAUGGAGGUCGAAAGGUUGAUCCGAAGUCUUCUUUCAAACCAGCCGAUAAACCAAAAACGGGGAAAAAGACAAAGAGACAAGUAAGCGUUUCCAACAGCACCCCCCAAGUGACAACUAGUGAUAGCGUCGUGUCCAACUCAUCAAAUUUAUUUGCGAACGGAUUGCAAAUUGAGCGGAUGCAAUUCCCUCCAACAUAUCCUGUGGGUGGCAUUCACUCCCAUUGUAGUAAUUUGUUCACCCCUGUACCUUUACCUCCUCUUCCUGUACCGCCUCCUACGAUUUCGUACCCCCCAAACACCUGGCAUGCAGGUAUGUCGCCACAUCCAUACGAGAUUUUGUUUCUGCCUAAUAAUGUCAGAAAAUGUUACGGUUGUGGGAGUGACUUCACCGUCAAAUACAGAAAUUCGCCUUUCAAUGUUGUGGUAAAGCAUGUUGACCGGAGAGUCAUUCGAAAAUGCGAGCAAACGGGGCAGUUAAUUUAUAGUCAGGACUAUAGUAACACGUAUUAUCAUUUGUCUUCAUUACAUAUAGUAAGGAAAAAUCCAGUUUUUAGCGGCGUUGCCACAAUUUCUAAUUCAAUUUUAUCGGCACUAGAUGCAGGGCAAAGGGAAAUCCUCAAUCAGUGUGACAUUCAAAUUGUAUCAAGUUUCUAGGU